CGAAGAGAGAUCGACUUCUCGAAGCGCUCUCGCUGGACCGCUCAGUGUCGCCGUGUUUCGCCCGGUCGCUCGGUAGCGAUUCCGCAAAUGCGAUUCCGAAAGCGGCGCGACUCGUGAAAGUGCGCUGGCGGCGGUGUCGGCCUGUCAGCCGGACAGGUGCGAGAGUAAUUGACACGAGGACGAAGUGAAGACAGUAGGGGGGGGGAAAGAAGAAAAGGCAUUUGGAGGGAGCGAAUAAAGUGAUCGAGCGACUUGUUGUUCUCGAGAAAAUCGAUCGAGGACGUUAAUGCGAAAUAAAGUCAAGAGGAGGUGGACAGAAAUACUUGGAAAUACAUUUCGAAUAAACAUUUUAGUAAACAAGUGUCGGAAGAAUCGGAUGGAGCAAGAUAGUUUAUUAUUGAAAGAGAUACAGCGGAAAAGAGAUAAAGCUGUGACAUUUAACGGAUGAUAGAGAGACGGAUGUAGGAGGGACAGAGAGAAAGUGACGUUACUUCGAUCAUACUAAGAGUGACCGAGAGGAAGAGAGAAAGCAGACGACGGGUAGGCACCGAAACAGGUCUCCACGUGACACGGACAAAAGUUCGCCGGCUGAAGGAAGAGGAGAUCGGUGUGAUCUCAGUAACGGAAGCGUUGUGCGCGAGUGUGACACAUUCGGUUGCAUCCUCGCUUCGUCGAUUUUUUUUUUUCUUUUUCCUCGGCUAUUCCGUGAGAAAGUGCAGGCCUGACGUUUCACCGCGAGGGAAAGAGCACGCGGAUUACUCCGGGAUCAGAGAAGAGAGAAAUUUUGCGACGCGACGAGCGAGAGGAGGAGGAGAAGGAGGAGAAGAAGGAGGAGGAGAAAAAGGAGGAAGACCACACGAACGCACACGAGGAGACGCGAUAAAUUGAUAUUGCUUUAUCGGAUAUCAGCGAAAACCGAGAGAGGGGAGACAACGGAUCUGCGCUUCCCCGGGCGAAUCCGCAAGCGUGACUGAUCCGAUGCUUCCAAAAACGAGGGACAGGUGACAAGCAAAAUCCAGACGAUCUUGAGAUAACUUCCUCUUUCUUUGUGAAGAAACUUCGAUCAGAAGCAACGAGGACGAAACGAUGUUGAGCUUACGGCGAAGGCAUUCUCGAUGGAGAAUGUUCCCUAUCUUGUUGUUUCUCGGACUAAUCUGCAGCGCCGAAUUGGCACCUGCCCGCUUACCUGAAGAAAUAUCAUCAGCACCAUCAUCAUCAUCGACACCCAAAAAGAAGGACAUUGACUUUCUGGGCGAUUUCUGGCAAGCAUUGCUCCUGGUGGAUCCACAAAGCGGCUUUCAACCCAGUCUGGACUCUCGAAGAAUAACGCCGAAGAGCGUGUUUAUCGCACCGGGAGUGUUACCUGCUUGCGCAGAAGGUUAUCACGCGGACAAGAUGGGUAGGUGCGUUAAAAGCAUAAGCAUUAACGCGACUGCGCACAAGGAUUUCCUUCUGGAACGACUUAAGCUCAUGUUUAGUAGUGCACAAACUGUCAAGAAUGAUCAGAAAAAGUCGACUGGUCCCUUGCAGCUUAACAUCCCUCUGCAGCUUAACAUUCCUGUGGUGUCCGACACCAAUCCUCAGUCGACGGAGAUCGAAGUUGAAGAAACGUUCUUGAAAAACCAGCCGAUCGCGGCGCCGACUCGCAAUGAAACUUAUUUCUCAGCAGACGAAGAGAAAAUGAAGUUGCCUAUGACAUUGUACGAAUUGAAGAACGACACGACCUUGGACGAAGAAGAAUUCUUUUUUGGAAAUUCCAAUGUCGAUGAUAUUGGAAAAAAGCUUCCAGCGACAGUUCCAGUAACGGAAUUGGUCGAGGAAACGAAUGACACCAAUUUUUCGGAAGUGGUGGAUUACAAGAUUCCAAUAGAUUUGAAAACAGUGUUGAAUUCCUCGAGUGUGAAGAGAAUUGACAUCAGUGGCAGUACAGAAGAAAGCGUCUUGAUAACGGAGAAGCGAGAGAGCUCCACCGAGUCGUCACCAGCAUUAGUGCUGCUAAUCUCGCCUACAAAACUGACGAACGUAGUGGACGAUCUGUUGCUGACGCAGAACGAUACCGCCGAAGAGGUUGUGCAGAUGUUCAAUUUCACCUCAAACGCCAACGAAAGCGUCACUACUGGUGCACCCGAUUCCGCGCUUCCUAUGAAGCAAACGACAUCGAUUCCGAUAAACGAGCAACGAGACAACGAAACGUAUGUGAAAGACGAGUUGAUACCAGAAAUUUCCAAGCCGAACGAGGAAACGGACUUCCUCUAUGACGAGGAAGAAGACGAUGUGGAUUAUCCAUAUAGCACAGACAUACCAGAUGAAGACGACUCGGCUGAAGGUGAAGAGAUCCUGAAGCAUGGAGAGGCCGGCAUGACGAUUCCCACGGUUCGAAAUAUCGAGCGCCCGGAUCGCGAUCGUCAUCAACGGCAACAGGACCAAAUUGCAGAGCUAAAGAAGCUGUUCAAUCAGAUCGUAGAUCAUCAUAACGAUUCCGCAUUCACAGAGGAUAAAGAUGAGGCGGGCAGCAAUGUCUCCAGCGAAGUCAGCAUUGACGGUGAUUUCAUUGUAGAGACGACGCUCUUGGACGUGAACACUGAGAGACUACAAGUCACCACCAAGUCGCCGGACACGGAAAAAGUCAAAGAUAGCGAGGACGAAUCCAAAAACUUGUUCAGCUCGGAGAUUAAGAGUUCUCAUGUUAUAUUUCCUGAUAACGUCCACGAUGUGGUGACCGUCAGUUCGCACGAACGCAAGCCAACCGAGCAGCUCUCCAUGAGAUUCGAGAACGAGAAAAACAAGAAACUGGAAAGUGUAUCUUCUUCGUACGAUUCGCCGGAGGACGAUUCGAUAACUGAAAUCCGUAUGAUCAACGAUAAACGAUUGAAAGAGAGCAUAUUGCAAAAAAGUCCGAAAGAUUUCGAAUCAAACGUCCCGAGCAGUUCCAUACAGAGCGCGAUGAACUUGGACUCCGCUGAAGAUUUCGUGAGAUUUCUCGAUUACGUGAGGCGGCCGCAGCAAGAUGGUUACGUAAGGUUUCCGGAUAGCGGAGAGAUAGCCAACAGCAUACACAGUUUGAAUUACAAGCAGAACUCGCGCUAUUCUGCGGACGAUGUCGGCCCUUACGACGGUACCAGCACCAAGAGCAGCGUGCCUGUCCGCCAGAAACCAGUUUAUCAUUUGAUGGCGUCGAGUUGGAAGUCGGACUUGGAUCACAUCCAGGCGACACCCAGUGAAAGACAGAAUCAGACACCAGAUUUGAUACAUUUUUGGAGUAAGCUUCCGUUGAUCAAAGAUCCAGCUAUCUAUCCCGUUGAUCAGAACGAUGAUCAAGAACAAUCUUACAGCCGUUCCUUUCGAACGCGAUCGUCACGAAGGUUGAGUCCCUUCACGGAGACGUCGCCGGGGAACAGGGUUUCAAUGCAAAAGCGAAAGACACCAAUUAGCGUUUAA